GUAGAUUUACACUAUUGUGCAUCCAGUCUGCAAUUGUGGCUGCAGAGAAAACCAGGAUUCAAAUGAAUCUUCCAGAGAGGGGAAGUUAACAGUGCAGUCGACUGUGUUGAAGGUGGACUGCGGGUGGUCCACGGGCCUCGCUUUGGAAACCCACAACCUCUAAACUCCCGCAACUUAAACCUUACGGAGAGCGAAUCUCCUCCAGCAGACGAGGUGAGCCCGGGUAAAGGUGGAGUAAACUGCGCGCAGGUUGCCAAACAACAAAAGACUGUGAACCUCAGGUGUGUCGGAUGAAAGAAAAAGGCAGGUGAGAGGCUGCGAGAUGAUGUGAAGAGGAAUGCACGACUGUGUUAACACCUUGCAUUCAUUCUUUUGAUGAGCUGCUGGAAAUGAACAAUAGGAGGCAUAUUUCAUGAAUGAGCUGUGUGAUCACCUGUGGCUUGAGGGAGUUUUAAGUGCGCUGUUUGUUUGAAAUUGUCCUUCCAUUUGUGUCACACGGACAUUACUCGGAUAAUAGUUCUCUGUGAUGGAGUGGCGCGAACAGUCCAACAUCAGCUGCGACGAAGCCUUCGUGGAGGCGCAGCGAUGGAUCGAGGGAGUAACCAAGAAAAAAUUUGGGAGCAACAACUUCCGAUCAGCACUGGAGAAUGGCGUGCUGCUGUGCGAGCUGAUCAACAAGAUAAGGCCUGGUAUCAUAAAGAGGAUUAACCGGCUGCCCACACCUAUCGCCGGACUGGACAACCUCAACGUCUUCCUCAGGGCCUGUGGGAAGCUUGGAUUAAAAGAAGCACAGCUCUUUCACCCCGGAGAUCUUCAGGACUUAUCCACAAGAGUUACAGUCAAGCACCAGGAGACUGACAGGAGGCUGAAAAAUGUGUUGAUCUCCAUUUACUGGCUUGGUAGAAAAGCUCAGUGCGACAAUUCCUAUGAUGGGCCUUACCUGAACUUCAAGGCCUUUGAAGGAUUAUUGGGUACAGCACUUUACAAGGCUCUGCAGGAGUCGUCCACUCAGAAAGGCAGCAACGUCAGGGACAGCGGUUUUGGAGAUAGCUGGUACUCAGAGCGAGAGGAGCUCUACCAACUGAGAGGAGGCGGAGGAGGCGGACACAGGAGCGACGACUCCCUGGACAGUUUGGACUCUUUGGGUUCCCGACCUCACAGCAUCUCCUCUGACACCACUCUUAAAGGCAGCAGUGAGGGUUGUUGCAGUGACACUGAGGCAGACUCUAUCUACAGCAUGGCUGGGAACAAGGACACCCUCAGUUACCGCCGGUCAGUUGUCAUCACGCCCAAGACCGCCGCCCAGUUUAACCAGUUCCUGCCCACUAAGGACAAAUCUACAGCUUACGUCCCUGCUCCCCUGCGGAAGAAACGGGCCGAACGCAAUGACGACAAUCGGCGCAGCUGGGCCAACCCCAUUUACACCGAGGAUGAUGGCAGACUCACCAGUCAAGCAUCCCAGAGCACCUUGCCUACAGCUCAUGAGCAGUGGGCCUAUGAGUACGAGAGUGGCAGUGAAUCGGACAUAGACCGGCCGGAUCCAGAUCUUGUUCUGGAUGAUUUGGCCAGUAGACGCUUCCACAGCCCCUCCCCGGCUCUGCCCACCAACUUCGCCGUGCCCUUCAGCCACCUGGCAGGCGGAGGGGCAGCUCAGGGUGCGAGGGCCCCCUGGCCAAAGGUCACAGUGGGUCCCAGUGUGGCCACUCAACAGAAUGUGACCUGCCUCAGCAGCAGCAACAUCAGCACCGGGGAAACACUGCCUCCCCAGCACGGCUCCGUGAAGAUGGACCAACGCGGAGCUGUGUGCACUGACAGUCUGUUCAAGGAGAUUUACGAUGACUCUGAUGACGAUGAUGAUGAGGUGGGCUAUGCUGACCCAGUCCAGGACGAUCUGUACAGCCGAAAGAUGGGUGUCAAACCUGAGCCUGCUGCCAACAUAUCUUAUGACAAGUUCCUCCCAAAGUUCUGGACGCCUGAGGAGGAUGAUCACAUACAGAAGAUCAAAAUGGGCUCUCAGAGGAGACCCUGGUAUAAAAAGAUGCAAGGCCUCAGCCAUAAGAAGACGAGUUCUUCGUCAGACGAUUCUGACUGUGACGUCAGUCCUCGGCCCUCCUCUGCUCCCUCUUCCUGCGGCCCCUCUCCCUCUCACUCCCACACACAUAAGGCCUCGACUCACACCACCCUCGUUGUGGGGAAAAGUCCUCACAACCUACCACACACUCCCCAACAGCUCCCAGAGAUACAGCCCCCUCUGUUACCACCUCCCCCUCUAGUGUUUGCCCCAGUGGACCCCACCUCAGGUCCCAAGCUGGUCAAAGGUGAAAAGUGGCAUCUCCUGGGGCGCAAUGACCCCCGUGAGCCCCCAGAUCCCUUUAAUUAUGAGAGCAUUCCCCCCGACUUGGAGAAUGAUGACAUGUUUGCCAGGCGGACCCUGGCUUUCCAGUCCAACACAGACCUGGCUAUGACGAAGACUCAGCUGUCCAAGAAACGCCAUCGCUACUCAUCUGAGCCGCAACUCAACAUCAUCACCCAGCAACACAGCCGCGGCAACACCGAAGAGAACGAGUUCCCCGACAUUGAACAGGACGACGUGGUGUAUCGUAAGGAGAAAACCGAGCAAGCUCAGCGACAAAGGCCGCUCUCUGGAGCCCCCGACAAUUACGCCCCUAUGCCCAUCCCAGAGCCAUGGGCUCUGCCCCCCGAUCUCAAAGCCAGACUCCUCUGCCUCCCGUGUCCUCUGACACAGAGAGAACCCACAAAUAAAGACAACCAGGUCGAGAAUGAGACGCAUCCUAAAACAGAUGACAUGCUGGUUCGUAAACUCGGAGCCUUUUCUGAUCAUAGCUCAUCAGCCAAUCAGGCUCCCUCAGUGCCUUCUUCCUGUAGCGAAGGAGACCUGCAGAGGUGGCAGGAUAUCAGGAAAGCCAGUCAGCUAAGAUAUAAGAAGAAGCUUAUGGUUGAAAGGCUAAGCGAAAAGAACUGCUCUGACCAGGAAAAGAGUAAAUCAACAAGUGAUAUCCAGACUGACACAGCCAUCCUCCGGCAAGCACGCUAUGAGGAGCUGCAGAAGUUCCGAGAGCAGAUAAAGGAGAGUGACGAUAAGUGGCAGGAUGACUUGAGCAAAUGGAAGACCCGGCGCAAGAGUGUCAACUCUGAUAUAGUGAAGAAAAAAGAGGAGCGUGAGAAGAUAGAGCAGAUUACCGUCAGCGGUAACAGAAGGUCCAAGACCUUCAAGGAGAUGCAAGAGGAGAGAGAAAAUAAAAGCAGAAACAGCAUUGGCAGUCGUCUUGGAUCUCUCUCUUACCCGGACAACGACGACGUAUUUGACGGACCUGUCAUUGCCCCUCGUACCCGUACCCUUCCUCCCAGGAGCUACACUAUUGACACUCCUUACUAUUCAUCUGAACCAUCCCAGCCUUCUCUAAAAGAAGAAGAACCCUUUGCUGCUGUCCCAGCCCCUGGCAGAGCCGCUUUCCCACCCACAAAACAGGAAAUCAACAUUUUGGAUAGCCCUGCAGGCAGCGACACCACGACCGCCAUCACUCCCAGUCUCAUUUCCUACAGCCGCAGCUCCCAGCGUGCUGCAGAUGUACCUUUAGAAAAGAGCCCAGUCUCAGAAUACUCCAGAACAACCAAGACAGAGGAAACCACCACCAUUGUCUCCUCUUCCAGCUCCCUGCAAAAGGUGCCAGAGCCAAGGGGCCCAUUGUUGAGCUCACAGACCAAGGUGGAGGCCCCCUCCUCUGGUUUUCUGUACAAACAACAACCGCAGCUCAGCUCGAUGGAACCCAAACCUCCCGGGGUGUCUCGGGUGUCCGCCUCCCUCCCUAGGAGCUACCAGAGAUUGGAUAGCGCACGUUUGACCUCAGUUGUCGCACCAAGGCCCUUCGGGACCUCCCGCAUCUCUUCUCUUUCCAGAAGCUCCACAACGGACGACUCACACAAACGUGUCAAUGGUGACGCCAGUGUUUCUAAGAAGUCAUCUGUGCCGAGCCGCUAUCAGCAGUUCAUGACCUCGGAGGAUGAGGCUCAGUCCAGCUCAGCCCAUAGCAGUGAAGACGAGGAGGAGGAGGCGGCGGAGACUCAGAGUCUCUCACCUGUCCCUCCUCCAGUCAAGAGUGAUGCUCCAGUCAGUCCUGCUCGAGCCAAAGACAACAGCCAGGAAAACUACUGUGAGAUGCGGAUUAACCUGAACCAGAAGCCCAACAGCAGCAGAGACUUUGGCUUCCAGGCAGCCUGGGACUCGACCGGUGCUCAUGUCACAUCCAUACAGUCAGGCAGCCCAGCUGAGAUGUGCCGGCUUCAGGUCGGUGAUGAGGUGCUGACGGUGAACAGGCACAAGGUGGCAGAAAUGAGCUACACAGACUGGAAGGCCUACAUGGAGGAAGCGAUCCAGGAGGGCAGUCUGGUCAUGGAUAUUCGCCGUCAUGGCCAAAACAACUGGGACAGAAAUCAACUUUCCCUGCCAUUUAAAAGCCAUAAGACCAUCAAUCUGACCAGUACGGAUCAUCCAAUACUUCUAGGUUCCCCUGAUACAAACAUCAUAAACCCCAGCCUUGAUUUCACCUCACGCAUCUCCACGGGAACGCUGCAGUCCAAAGAGGGUCCCGCUAACCCAGUCCUCAUCGUAAGUGACCUCGAAUCACCCAGGUUGACUCAGGAUUUGGCUUCCAACAGGGUUAAUGGAAGUUUCCAUGAGAAGUCUGUGACCAUGAGGAACAAAGAGUCAGAACCCAUAUCUUUGAAAAACUUAAAACGGAGGUCAGAGUUUUUUGAAACAGGAGGAUCAGAGGCUGUGUUGCCAGAGAUACCCGUUCCUCCAAUAACUCCCUCAUCCUCCAGCCGCUGGUCCUGGGACCCAGAGGAGGAACGUAGAAGGCAAGAAAAAUGGCAGAAGGAGCAGGAACGCCAACUACAGGAGAAAUACAAGCGUGACCAGGAGAAGUUGCAGGAGGAGUGGCAGAAGGCUCAGGAGGAGAUUGCCAAGAACAAGGACCAACAAGAGCUAACAAAGCUGGGGCGCCUGGAGGGGAACAGCCGCAGCAUCAGCCCAUUCUCGUCCCUCCCUCAAGUCAACCAGGCCACAACUACUCUGUGGGAAGAGGAAGAGAGAAAGAGGAAGGAGGAACACGAGCGCCAACGACAGGCAGAGGAACGCGAGCGCCAACGACAGGCAGAGGAACGCGAGCGCCAACGACAGGCAGAGGAACAGGAGCGUCAAAGACAGGCAGAGGAGAGGAGGAAGAGGGAGGAGGAGGAGGCGCAAGAGCUGCAGCGUCUCCAAGAGGAGAGGGAGAGGAAAGAGAAGGAGAGAAAAGAGAGGCAGGAGGAGGAGAGGAAAGAGAGGCAGGAGGAGGAGAGAAAGAGGAGAGAAGAAGAGCUGAGAUGGCAGAGGAGGAGAGAGGAGGAGAGGGAGGAGGAGAGGAGGCGGCAGGAGGCCGUGGAGCAGCAGCGCAGAGAGCGGGAGAGGGCCUUCCAGCAGCAGCAGCAGAAGCAGCAGUGGGCUGCCAAUGUCCAGCCUCCUCUGUCCUAUACAGACAGGAUAAAAUCCAAAUCAUCUCCACAGCUCGAUGAAGAAGAAAGACCUCAGAGGAGAGGUGUGUAUGUGCAGCCGCGGGGUAUCGCUCACUGGCUGCUGGAGGAGCAGUUGAGGAUUGCGUGUGACAGGCACGCACAGAGUCAGCAAGCUGCAUCUCAGCUGGAAAUGGAGAGGAGAAACAUCCUCAGUGCCAUGAGAUACAGGGAGCCAGAGAGAGUGACAGGCAGUGGACUGGAUGAAAGGAAAGGUCAGCAGGCUCUGUCGCAGUCUGAGCUGGAGCGGCAGCAGAUCCUGAACGAGAUGAAGAAGAAAACGUCGCUGCUGACGGACAGCAGCUGGAUACGCCAGCAGUCCUCUGGCUUCGCCAGCAACAAGGAGAGUGACGUGCCACCCAUGCGCAGAGGCGAGUCUCUUGACAACUUGGAUGCCUCCUAUAACUCCUGGCGCUCAUCAUGGACACCCAGGAGCAACUCAUACGCCCCAAACUACACUCGGCCCCACUCUGCCCUUUCAGGCAGCACCUCUUUUUACAGUAGUGGAUCAGCGACCCAGCGGCCUUCCUCCACUCUGCCCUCCUCCUACUCCAUGGGCUCCCUCCAAAGCGGGGCAGGAACCUCCUCAUCCCUUCGGUCCUGGCGGACACCCUCACCCUCCUUUUCAUCAUCCACCACUUCUCCAGAGCCAACAUCUGAGGCAGGUGUCCCUCAGCAGAGGAGCAGGUCAGUGAGUGGCAAGAAAGUCUGUACGUUCUGUGACACCCCGCUGGGAAAGGGAGCAGCCAUGAUCAUCGAGUCCCUUGGGCUCUGUUAUCAUUUGGGCUGUUUUAAGUGUAUCGAGUGUAAGUCGAACCUUGGAGGAUCGGAAGCUGGCGCUGAAGUCAGAAUACGAAACAAACAACUCUACUGUAACACCUGCUACAUGCGAUUCAAAAGUGGCCAACCAACCUCUAUGUGAUGUCAGUGUCCUCCAGCAGAUUGAUGAAGAAACUACUUGUGACAACAAUCCAUGAACACUAAAGUGAAGCCACUGCUAAUAGCUGGAGCGCCUGGCGUGGACAUAACUUCCAUUUUUGAGUGUAGAAAACUGCCAAUGUUACUCAUUGGCAAGAAUCAUGUUCAUGCUCUGACAGUGUGUGAUUGAGAGGGUAAGCUUGCAAAAGAGGUUAUCUACAGUACUUUAAAAAACAUUUAUAUCUUAUUAAGUAUUACAGCUGCACAAAGUGUAAGGCUUCUGCAUGCACCAGAGUUUUGUUGAAAAUGUUUGUUAGCCAUGAAAAUAGCCGAGCAAUAAACUGACUAUAAAGUUACGCAUUGGUUUGACUGUAACUCGUUUGAUUUUGGAGACACCGAGAGAGAAGCCUUCGUUCAUCUUCCCCUCGUUUUCAUGCUUGUUUUUUUUCUGCUGAAUCUUGUGUUUAGUAACACGUUUGUAAACUAAAGUAUUCCUGUCAUGUGUAUGUGCCUUUUCAAUUGUAACAGGGAGAAGUAAGAUUAAGAUGAUUAGCAUUGUUUCAAAAUGUAUUUAAAAACAUCUGCUCAGUCUGGAGAUAUCAAUGAUUGAUGGAGCAUUAUACACAGUACAUAUAUGUAUAUAUAUAUAUAUAUAUACAUAUAUAUACUGUAUAUAUGCAGACAGUAACCUUUGUAAAUAAAAAGACUAAAUGCCCCUCUUGUGUUUCUUACUAUUUUUUUUGUAGUAAUAUUCAGGUAUACGAUGCAAGGUUUUCUCUGCCUCUGUUAUCUGAAAUUAUUAUGCUCAUCUUUCUGUCUGUCCCUCUAAUUCUCUGUUUCUCUGUAGUGCCACAGUCAUAAUGAAAGGAAUUUCAAUGAGCUUUUGUGCAAAGGUUCAGAGGACCUGCCUGCUUUGUGUUCUCCAAAGCUAAUUUGUCAUGCAUUUUUCAUUCAGUGUGCAUACAUUACAUUUCAUUUCACAUUGAUAGGUUAUUCUCCUAAUUCACUCUGUCAUUCAUACAGCGUGCAGUGCUGCAUAUUCAUACAAGUAGGGAAUUGCAUACAGUUUUGCAUUUGAGCUGCAAGGUAAAAACGUGUCCUUAUUUCCCAUAAAUGAAAGUAAGUUGAACUGAACCGAUAUAUGUAAAUAUGUUGGACCCAGAAUAAAUUGGCGCUGUGUUGUGAAGCAAAUGCAGCUCCUGGAAGCAAA